AGAAUAGAGAGGCGUUUUUGAUGUGAAGGAUUGGGAGAGUGGAUAAGACCAUUAUCUCUGAGGGCCUGGGUUGGUAAUUUUAUUUGCUUGGAGAAUAAUGUAAAAAUUUCACUAAAAUUAGAGGCAGGCAAAUGGAAGUUUUCUUUAAAACAAAAUCAAUUGCAUUGUUCUUGAAUAGCACUAAAAAAGGUGGCCUCUUCAUUCCUCGUUUUGGGUGUAUGAUUUACUGCUGCAGUGGACUUGUGAUACGCUUAGAUGAAUCCCACAAUAAUAAAAGCACGGGAGAGAUGCUGGUUGUAUUAAGUAAACACCCGCUGCCCCAUAUUUAGAUGGUCUUAGAGCCACUCCAUAUGUUCUCUUGAACUUAGUGGGGCAAACCUUAACGAGGACAUUGAGUCCGGAAAGGGGGUGUAUGUGACAUCCCUUGGCAAAUCCUACACCGACAAAGCAGGUCAAUACCUGUUACCCCUUAUUGAUGUGUUCAUUUAUUUAAUCCAAGGUUUGGACUCGUGAUAAGUUCAAGUUGGUAAACUGUCCGCUCAUAUUUCUUUACCAAUUCUAGGUCUGUUGUCCUAUGUAAUGACGUUCAAAGGAGAAUGAUACCGCUCAAAUACUUAUUUCCUUUAUUUUUUGUGCAUUUGGAGGCCAAAGGAAGGACGUAUUCGAAGCUUCAACGUGGAACAAAUCACUGAAGCUUGGUUCAAUGAAUACUCUUAUCUUACUUCACUUAGUUAUCUGUCUCAAAUACCUUUUAGGCUUUUACACAAUUAGUUUUUCUAUAUAGCAAGAAAAGAAUCUCAUAUUAGUGAAUAUGUUUUUAUGCAGGAAAGCAAAGAUGGAGAAGCAGAAGCUGUAAAAGCUGAGUGGAUGCAUUCCUUCCUUGCAUCAUCUGCUGAUGCACUUUUAAUGUCUCCUUCCGGAAUUGUUAUUAUUUCUGCUUUAUCCAUCUUGAAGUCAUUCCAUGGCAUUCCAGUAUUAUGAUAUAUUUCUAUCUAUGCGUGCAAAAGCGUUGUGUGUUUCAACAAAACAAUCCGAUUGAAGUUAUUCUUUUUUGCUUGUUGACAACGAUCCUCAAAACUGUCUAUAUUUUUGGUUGGCCUUGUGAAUGAAUGGAGCUGGGUCACCGUUUCAGGUCCCAGUACAACAGCCCUUCUUUUCCUUCCAUACUUGUUUGAGAAGAAAAUAUAUUUUUGGUUGGCCUUGUGAAUGAAUGGAGCUGGGUCACUGUUUCAGGUCCCAGCACAACAGCCGUUCUUUUCCUUCUAUACUUGUUUGAGAAGAAAAUAAACCUUGGUUUCUCUC